AGGAGAGCGUAACGCAAGGAUGGAUAGUACCACCAGGGUCUGCUGAGAGCCAUGUUGGAUAUGAAUGAAAGGGAGAGUUGCUGUACCCCUGACGCCGACAGACCGAGUUCUACCGAACACAGCGAGUAAAUGCCAACUUCCCGGGCCCACGGAGAGACGGGGGAGCACGGGGGAAGGUGUCGGGCGGUGCCGCUGGAGCUGGCUACCUAGCCGGCGACGGAAGAGAGAGAGACGCACUCGGAAGAGAGGGAGAGAGAAAGAGAGAGUGGUGAGAGGGAGAAAGGGGGAAGGAGAAAGGAUCUUACCAGACUAAUGGCUGCACUGCUACUGGGUUCCAGCCUGCUCUCACCACUUCUUCUCCACCUGCUCCUCAGCCCUUUGUUCGCGGUUAACCCUGGGAAGUUAGCAGGGACCUGUCGUUGGAGCCCGGGACCCUGCCCUGAGACACCGAGCCAUCCAAGGGAAGCUGGGGUCUUGGCGAGCAGCAGUGGUUCGGUGAUCUGCCCCAGGUGUACGUUACAACGUCUCCCAUCGGGACGGCUCCAAUCGGAACCAGCAUUCCCGGUGUGGAGUCCUUUUGUAUGGCAGGGGGCGCACGGAGACCCUUUUGAACCAUUGUGCACCGAAGAAGGAGGUGCGAGAGGGCCGUGGAAUGGAGUCAGGCACCCCCAACCUGCAGGUAGGAGCAGGAGCAGCGGUGGGGAGAGGGGCGUUGUUUCACCUGUUUUCUGUUCGUGGGUUCAAAAGGCCAAAAAGCGGUAUAUACAAAGGACUAGAGAUUGCGCGCGGUCACCGCCCUCUCUGCCGCCCGCCAAACCCGACACAGGGAGAGUCUUUGUGCGCGGCCAACACCAGGGACCUGAAAGCGAGUCGUCGGAGAUUGCUAAAGACGUUCGAGGGGCUUCUGAAAGGUGUACAAGGACCCUUCACCGGCCACUUCCCCCAACACAGCAAAUACCUCCGCACUCUCAUUUGGGCAAUAAUGCUUUGGACGCCGGCGAGGUGGCCACCGGUGCUUGUUCUCAUUUAAGUAGUCACAAUGUUAUCGAUCUCACCAGUGAUGGUUGUAAUCGUUCGUUUACUAAAGCCAUUGGGAGAACGGGGAGGAGCGUGGUGCAAGGCCCCUGCCCAUGCUAUCUCACCUCAGCCACCGCAGGCAGCGCAGCCAGAUGUUACCAGUCACCCGGGAUUACUGAAUGGGCCAUGGCCCUCACAGGUUGUUAUUUCAGGCAUACCCGAGACAGGCUCCACGCCAGCCCCAGUCCUGGGCAUGCCAUGGUUCUGGGCAGGAGGAGGGAGGGAUGGAAGGCACAAGGUAACAAACACGUGAACAAAAAUGAUUUGGAUAAGGAUUUGGUCUCUGUUUAUCUAACAACCAAGUUUAAGGAGCCGGCUGCUCCGCCACAGAGAAUAUCAGUGUUGACAGGCCGAGAACAGAGCGCUCAACCCCGGGUAGAGAGUAAGGGGUUACCCUGGGGGUCUCUCCUCGGAACGAGGUGUUGUCGUUUGCAGCGGAUGGAUGUGGGGGGAGGACUUUCAGCCAACGUUAUAGGUCCCAGGGGAAGCAUAGAAGUGAGUAAUCUCGACAUCCAAUUUCCCCCGACCACAAAUAUCACGGAUAGUCUAUGUUUGCCAUCUAACGGAACCGGUUAUGAAAACAGAAAUUCUACUAGCUCAUCUUCCUUAUUCCAUGAUGACAUACAGGCAGCAGAAUCGGCUGCUCGAGCCAAUGUUCCUCAUCCUCAGUCUGAGCCAGCUCACAAUGAGUCAGCUAUCGUCACCCCUAUAUUUUCUUCCAUCACCGCUCUCACUAUAGCAGCCUCGGUACACGCUGGUGUAAUUAAGUCUGGUGUUACUCACAGGGAUCUCGUUAUCGCAAACCCCUUCUCAUUCUCCAUGGAGCUCAAUCUAACUGAACGGGAUAGUGACUCAGACUCACAUUCCCAGCCACGGACUAGCCUCCUCUACAGACCCCCUCCCUUUCACAUAGGUUCAGCACCACAGGCACAAUGGACAGCACCCAUCAAAACCUCUACCCAGAUUUCUCCAAGUAAACAGGUAUAUUCGGCUCACCACUUUCAGACAUUUUUUGGGGAGAAUGUUCACAACGUCAACAAUAAUAACAAUAUCAGAAAUUACAACCAGAACCAGAACCACAAUAACAACAACAUGGAAAACAAAGAGGAGCAUGUUCAGAUGAAUGAUGAAAGAAAUGGUGCCAAUAGUAGACAGGAGCCAGUGGAUCUGAGUGGACUAUGCUCACAGACACAGCUGGGCUUGGUCCCUGAAGAAUUGCUCUACACUGCGUGUGUUGACAGCAGCUCAGGCGACAGCUUAACUAAUGUCCAGGGGGGCACUCGCCCGCAAUUAAAAUCAGGUAAACUGGUGCCAUUACAACAGGAAGGUGUCAGUCAGCCAGAAAGGCAUAUGGGUGGCGAGGUUGAGGAGGGGUCUGGGGGAGGCAAAUUACAGGUGGGGGAGGGAGAGAGACAGCCCAGAGAGGCACGGAGGGAGGAAGUGGAGGAGUGGGAGUCAGAGGGAAUAACAAAGAGAGCCACAGCCCAGACAGAUGAGACUGUAGAAGCAGAGGGAGAGAGAGAGAAAGGUCAGGAGAGGGCCAGCCUCACACAGACACAGAGUGGUGAAGGAGGAAAAGAGGAGGGGAAGAAAGAGUGGCAGGGGGCUGAAAGCACACAGGAAGACGAGGAGGAAAGGCACAGGUCAAGGGGAGAGAGAAGCUUGGGAAGGCAGACCGUGGAAGAUGAAGGUGAGGAGGACAGAGGGAAAGAGGUUUUGGUGGUGGGGCGCGCUCGCCGAGCUGCCAACAGACACCCUCACUUCUCCCAGUAUAACUUCCAGGUCCAGGUUCCAGAAAACCAGCCCUCAGGCACCUCAGUCAUACCCAUGUCAGCCACCGACCCAGACGCAGGUGAAGCAGGCAGGCUCAGCUACACCAUGGCCCCUCUCAUGAAUAGCAGAUCCACGGACUACUUCCACAUCGACCCUGACACGGGCCUCAUCACCACCUCCCAGGUGCUGGACAGGGAGCACAUGGACCUGCACUACUUCCGGGUCACGGCGUCAGACCACGGCUCUCCACGCCUCUCUGGCACCACCAUGGUGGCAAUCACUGUGGCCGACCGCAAUGACCACUCGCCUAUCUUUGAGCACACAGAGUACCGGGAGACCAUCCGGGAGAACGUGGAGGAGGGCUACCCCAUCCUGCAGCUCCGAGCCACUGACCUGGAUGCCCCGUCCAACGCCAACAUCCGCUACCGCUUCAUAGGAGACACCGCUGCUGCGGCCCGGGCCGCAUUUGAGAUCGACCCCCGCUCCGGGCUGAUCACCACGCGGGGCGUGGUCGACCGGGAGACCAACGAGCGCUACACCCUCCACGUGGAGGCCAGCGACCAGGGAAGGGAGCCCGGGCCGCGCUCGGCCAUCGUUAAGGUCUCCAUCACGGUGCUGGACGAGAAUGACAACGUGCCCCAGUUCAGCGAGAAGCGCUAUGUGGUGGCGGUCAGGGAGGACGUCCGGCCCCACUCGGAGAUCCUGAGGGUGAGCGCUACGGACCAUGAUAAGGAUAGCAACGCGGCCGUCCACUACAACAUCAUCAGUGGGAACAGCCGGGGCCAGUUCUCCAUCGACAGUGUGACUGGGGAGAUCCAGGUAGUUGCCCCUCUGGACUUUGAGGCAGAGAGGGAGUACACUCUGAGGGUACGAGCCCAGGACAACGGCCGGCCGCCCCUCUCCAAUAACACAGGUAUCAUCAGCGUGCAGGUGACCGACGUCAACGACAACCCUCCCAUCUUCGUGUCCACGCCGUUCCAGGCGUCAGUGCUGGAGAGCGCCCCCGUGGGCAGCUCCAUCCUCCACAUCCAGGCCAUCGACACCGACUCUGCGGACAACGCCCGUCUGGAGUACAGGCUGACUGGCACCAGCCCUGACACGCCCUUCGUCAUUAACUCCGCCACCGGCUGGGUGACGGUCAGUUCGUCUCUCGACCGGGAGUCUGUGGAACACUUCUUCUUUGGGGUGGAGGCCAGAGACUAUGGCGUCCCACCUCUCUCCGCCACAGCCAGCGUGACUAUAACAGUGAUGGACGUCAAUGACAACAGGCCAGAGUUCCUGCAGAAAGAGUACUUUGUGAGGCUCAACGAGGACGCAGCUGUGGGCACCAGUGUGGUCAUUGUGACCGCGGUCGACCGUGAUGUCAACAGUGCGGUCACCUAUCAGAUCACGGGGGGCAACACGCGUAACCGCUUUGCCAUAAGCACAGCCGGGGGGUCGGGGCUGGUCUCUCUAGCACUGCCGCUCGACUACAAACAGGAGCGCCGAUACAUUCUGACUGUGACGGCUUCCGACCGCACGCUACAUGACACAUGCCAGGUCCACGUCAACAUCACCGACGCCAACACACACCGGCCCGUGUUCCAGAGUGCUCACUACUCUGUGACCGUGAACGAGGACCGCCCCCCGGGCAGCACGGUUGUGGUCAUCAGCGCCACGGAUGAUGACGUUGGCGAAAACUCUCGCAUCACCUACUUCCUGGAAGACAACAUCCCCCAGUUCCGCAUUGACCCGUCCAGCGGAGCCAUCACCCUGCAAGCCGAGCUGGAUUACGAGGACCAGAUGACCUACACUCUGGCCAUCACCGCCCGGGACAACGGCAUCCCACAGAAGUCUGACACCACCUAUGUAGAGGUGAAUGUGAACGAUGUGAAUGACAACGCACCACAGUUCCUCAGCCCCAGGUACCAGGGCACCGUCAGUGAAGACGCUCCACCCUUCACUAGCGUCCUACAGAUAUCCGCAAUGGACCGAGAUGCCCACGCCAACGGCCGCGUCCAGUACACCUUCCAGAAUGGGGAGGACGGUGACGGAGACUUCACCAUCGAGCCCACAUCGGGCAUCGUACGCACGGUCCGUCGCCUGGACCGCGAGAGUGUUCCAUUCUAUGAGCUGACGGCGUACGCCGUGGACCGCGGUGUGCCUCCCCAGCGGACGCCCGUCCACAUCCAGGUGACGGUUCUCGACGUCAACGACAACGCUCCUGUCUUCCCGGCAGACGACUUUGAGGUUCUGGUGAAGGAGAACAGCGCUGUGGGGUCGGUGGUGGCCCAGAUCACAGCCACAGACCCAGACGAGGGGACCAACGCCCAGAUCAUGUAUCAAAUCGUAGAAGGCAACAUCCCUGAGAUCUUCCAGAUGGACAUCUUCUCCGGGGAGCUCACCUCCCUCAUCGACCUGGACUACGAGGCCCGCUCUGAGUACGUGAUCGUGGUCCAGGCCACCUCAGCCCCCCUAGUGAGCCGGGCCACGGUGCGCAUCCGGCUGGUGGACCAGAACGACAACCGGCCCCAGCUCCAGGACUUCCAGAUCGUCUUCAACAACUUUGUGUCCAACCGCUCCAACAGUUUCCCCAGCGACGUGAUCGGCCGGGUCCCGGCCCACGACCCUGAUGUGUCAGACCACCUGUACUACUCCAUUGCCCGGGGAAACGACCUACACCUGCUGCUGCUCAACCACAGCAGUGGGGAGAUCCGGCUGAGCCGCAAGCUGGACAACAACAGAGCCUUGGUGGCCCCCAUGCUCAUCACUGUCACAGACGGUAUCCACAGCAUCUCGGCCCAGUGCAUCCUCCGAGUGCUCAUCAUCACAGAGGACAUGUUGAGCAGCAGCGUGACGGUGCGCCUUCAAAACAUGUCCCAGGACCACUUCCUGUCCCCUCUGCUUGGUCACUUCCUGGAGGGGGUGUCGGCGGUGCUGUCUGUACCUCCGGAGGACGUGUUUGUUUUCAACAUCCAGCCGGACGGCGAGGCGGGGGGCAUCCUGAAUGUUAGUUUCACUGCGGCGCUGCCAGGGGGUAAUUUCUUCCCCUCCGAAGCCCUAGAAGAGCAACUCUACCUCAACCGGCCUCGCCUCACCUCCCUGGCACAGAUGGAGGUGCUUCCUUUCGAUGACAACGUGUGUCUGCGGGAGCCGUGUCAGAACUACAUGAAGUGCGUCUCGGUGCUUCGCUUCAACAGCUCUGCUCCCUUCAUCUCCUCUCCCUCCGUCCUGUUCCGGCCCAUCCACCCCAUCGCCGGGCUGCGCUGUCGCUGCCCCGCAGGCUUCACUGGGGACUACUGUGAGACGGAGAUCAACCUGUGUUACUCCAACCCUUGUUUCAACGGAGGGGUGUGCGCUCGCAGGGAAGGAGGCUACACCUGCAUCUGCAGAGAGGACUACACCGGCGAGCGGUGUGAGUGGGACAGGCGUCAGGGUCGCUGUGUCCCUGGGGUGUGUCGGAAUGGGGGGACGUGCAGGGAGCUGUCUGGAGGGGGGUUCCGCUGUGAGUGCCCCGCAGGAGGGUGCGAGCGGCCCUACUGCACUGUCCCCGCACGCUCCUUCCCCCCCAAGUCCUUUGUCAUGUUCCGAGGCCUCCGCCAGAGAUUCCACCUCUCCAUCUCUCUCACCUUCGCCACCCUGGAGAACAGUGGCCUCCUCUUCUACAACGGACGCUUCAACGAGAAACACGACUUCCUGGCUCUGGAGAUCCUGGAGGGCCAGGUGGUGCUCAAGUACUCCACAGGUGAAUCGUCCACUCAGGUGAGCCCCUUUCUACCUGGGGGCGUAGCCGAUGGCAACUGGCACACUGUCCACAUCCACUACUACAACAAGCCCAAGCGCAGUGUGAGCGGGGAGGCUCAGGGUCCGUCUGAUGAGAAGGUGGCGGUGGUCAGUGUGGAUGACUGUGACACAGCCGUGUCGCUGCGCUUCGGAACACAGCUCGGCAACUACAGCUGUGCUGCUCAGGGCAAGCAGACCAGCUCCAAGAAAUCUCUUGAUCUCACCGGUCCCUUGUUUUUGGGCGGAGUGCCCAACACGCCAGAUAAUUUUCCGUUCCACACCCGAGAGUUUAUCGGCUGUAUGAAAGACCUCCACAUCGACAACAGUCUUUUGGACCUGGCUGGAUACAUCGCUAACAACGGAACCCUACCCGGCUGCAGUGCCAAGUCGCCCUUCUGUAAAUCCAACCCGUGUCAGAAUGGAGGAACUUGCCGAGUGAGUUGGGAGACAUUCUCAUGUGACUGCCCCCUAGGUUUUGGAGGGAAGGACUGCAGCCAUGUGAUGCCCCACCCACAUCGUUUCCUGGGAAACAGUGCCCUCUGGUGGGACCUGAAGAAUGACGUGACCAUCUCCACUCCCUGGUACCUGGGGCUGGUGUUUAGGACGCGGGCCAGGGAGGGCACCCUGCUGCAGGCACAGGCCGGACAGUACACCAGCCUGGUCUUCCAGCUGGUGAGUGGUCAGCUGGUGUUCUCAGUGACCAAGGGGUCGACGCGGCCAGUGCGUCUGCGUCUGGACCAGGUGCAGGUGAGCGACGGGCGCUGGCACGACCUGCAGCUGGAGCUCCGAGACGUCCGCAGCGGGAGGGAGACGCGCUACGUGGCUACUGUCCGCCUCGACUUCGGCCUCUUCCAGGGCACAGUGAUAGUGGGGAAUGAGAUCCAUGGGCUGAAGGUGAAACACCUUCAUGUAGGCGGAGUCCUGGGCUCGGGGGAGGUGCAGAAUGGGAUACGGGGCUGCGUCCAGGGGGUUCGUUUGGGGGUACGACCGGACGCCCCGCUCCUGCCCCGCCCCUCCAAGGCUGUCAAAGUGGAGACGGGCUGUAGCGUUGGCAACCCCUGUGUCUCCUCCCCCUGCCCGCCCUACAGCCGCUGUAGUGAUGAUUGGGAACGCCACACCUGUCUCUGCGAACCAGGUUUCUAUGGUAAGGGCUGCAAAGACGCGUGCCAGCUGAACCCAUGUGAGAACAAUGCCCAGUGCCACAGGAAGCCCAGCUCAUCCCACGGAUACAUCUGCGACUGUGGAGACAACCACUACGGACAGUAUUGUCAGCACAGGAUUGACCACCAAUGUCCACGUGGUUGGUGGGGCUCUCCAACAUGUGGGCCCUGCCACUGUGACGCCAGUAAAGGAUUGGACCCCGACUGCAACAAGACCAGCGGCCAAUGCCACUGCAAGGAGUUCCACUACCGCCCACGAGGCAGUGAAUCCUGCCUGCCGUGUGACUGCUACCCUGUGGGCUCCUUCUCCCGGUCAUGUGACCCAGAGAGUGGCCAGUGCCCGUGUCGGGCUGGCGUGAUUGGUCGACAGUGCAACAUGUGCGACAACCCCUUUGCCGAGGUCACACAGACGGGCUGCGAUGUCAUUUAUGACGGCUGUCCUAAGAGCAUCACCCAGGGGAUCUGGUGGCCCAGGACUAAGUUCAACCUGCCAGCAGCCGUACCUUGUCCUAAAGGAUCUGUGGGUGCUGCUGUCAGACACUGUGAUGUGGAAAGGGGCUGGCUGGAGCCGGAUCUCUACAACUGUACCUCUCCUCCCUUUGUGGAGCUCAAUGCAGCGCUGGAGUCGGUGGAGCGGAACGAGACAGAGCUCAGCACCAUUAUCGAGAAGAAACUGGCCCACCAGCUCCGUGAUGUCACUGAAGCCACACCACGUCUCUAUGGCAAUGACAUUCAGAUUGCAGAGCGGCUACUGUCCCGCCUGUUGACCUUUGAGAGUCUGCAGACAGGCUUCGGCCUGACCGCCACCCAGGACGCACACUUCAACGAGAAUCUUCUGCGGGGCUGCAGUGCGGUGCUGGGUCCAGACAGUGCAGGGUUGUGGCGGGCCCAGAGCCAGGUCCAGGGAGGGGCAGGGGGGCUGGCUGACCUGCUGGAGCAGUAUGCCCAGACGCUGGCCCAGAACAUGAAGCUCACCUACCUGAACCCAGUGGCCCUGGUUGCCCCCAACAUCGUGAUGAACCUUGACCGCGUGGAGAACCACACUCACGUGCGCCGACGUUUCCCUCGCUACCAAAGCCCUCUGUUCCGCGGCCAGGCUCUCUGGGACCCCCACACACACGUGGUACUGCCCCCUGCUGCCCUGCUGCCACAACGACACCAGUUUUCCGCUUCACAGAACACAGCUCCUGCCCCCAUCAGUAUGUUGGCCAAUCAGACAGGAGAAUAUGCUGUGGCCAGCCGUUCUGUUUCGCUGCCAGAGCCGCCCGUCACCAUCGUCAUCAUGCUGAUCUAUCGUAGCCUUGGACCGGCACUCCCCCCCAAGUACCACACUGACAGACGAGGAGUCAGACUCCCCAGACAUCCGGUGAUGAACUCUCCAGUGGUCAGUGUGUCUGUCUACAACAACCAGACGUUUGUCGGGGGUCCCCUGGACUCGCCUUUGCAGCUGGAGUUCCGUCUGCUGGAGACCACCAAUCGUAGCAAGCCCCUGUGUGUCCAGUGGAACCACAGCAGCCCGUUGGAGGCGGGAGGUUGCUGGACGGUGAGGGACUGCAUCGUAGUAUACAGGAACACGUCCCACGUGCGUUGCCAGUGUCAGAGGCUGGGCACCUUCGGUGUCCUGAUGGACAGCUCCCAGAGAGAACAGUUGGAGGGGGAUCUGGAGUCCCUGGCCCUGGUCACCUACUCCUCUCUGUCGGUGUCCAUGCUGGCGCUGCUGCUCACCGUCCUGGUGCUGUCCUGCCUCAGGGGCCUCAAGUCCAACACCCGCUCCAUCCACUCCAACAUGGCCGCCGCCAUGCUGCUCUCUGAGCUCGUCUUCCUGUUCGGCAUCAACCAGACUGAGCAGCAGUUCCUGUGUACGGUGGUGGCCAUCCUGCUGCACUAUUUCUUCAUGGCCACGUUUGCCUGGCUGUUUGUGGAGGGGCUCCACGUCUACCGCGUGCAGACAGAGGCUCGCAACAUCAACUACGGAGCCAUGAGGUUCUACUAUGCCAUCGGGUGGGGUGUGCCUGCCAUCAUCACAGGUUUGGCGGUAGGGCUGGACCCUGAGGGCUAUGGGAACCCAGACUUUUGCUGGAUCUCCAUCUACGACAAACUCAUCUGGAGCUUCGCUGGACCCAUCGCCAUCGUACUCCUGAUAAACGGUGGGAUGUUUCUGAUUGUGGCGCGCAUGUCCUGCAACCCCUCCCAGAAAGAGACCAAGAAACUACCUGUCAUUGCCACGAUUCGCAGUGCCUUCCUCCUGCUGCUCCUGGCCACCUCUACCUGGUUCUUUGGGCUGAUGGCUGUCAACAACAGUAUUCUGGCCUUCCAUUAUGUCUUCGUUAUACUAUGCUUACUGCAGGGUCUUGCUGUGUUCCUGGUGUUCACGGUUCUGAACGCCGAGGUGCAGGAGGUCUGGAAGUUGUCGUGUUUGGGUAGGAAGAGCCCCAAUGAGGACGCGCCCAGAGCCCCACAAAACCCUGGUCAGAAUCCCUAUAACAAUGCGUCGUUGCUGGAGCAGAGCGGACUGCACCGCAUCACCCUGGGAGCCUCUACUAUCUCCUCCGUCAGCAGUGCUCGAGAGAACCUGCUGGCCCGCCAGGCCUUGGAACACAAUCUGGGACACACUGGCGCCACAGACCUGGACGUGGCUAUGUUCCAUAGAGACGGAGGUGAGGACUCGGACUCAGACUCGGAUCUCUCUUUAGAAGAGGAACGUAGUCUCUCCAUCCCCUCCUCUGAGAGUGAGGACAACGUUCGUCUCCGUGGACGCAUCCAACGACGCUUCAAACGCACCAAUCACAGUGAGCGGCUUCUCACAGAGCCCGCCCACAACGGGACCAAAGACCUGGAUGGCAAUGAUCUGCUCUCCUAUUGGCCAGCGCUGGAGGAGAGUGAGGUCCACUCCCUGCAGAAGUGGGGCUCAGAGCGCCGCCUAGGGGCUGACUACAGCAAGGACGCCACAAACAACAACCAGCCUGAGGCGGCACUGACCAGCGGGGACGAGAACGGUCUGACAGGACAGUCCAACCGCCACCGCAAGGGCAUCUUGAAGAAUCGCAUUGACUGUCCCCCGGCCCUGCAGGGUCUCUCCGCCAUGGGCCAGGUCCCCAGCGAACUCUCCUGGUACCGCACCUCCACCCUGGGCCACAGGGGCGUCCCGGCAGCCUCCUACGGCCGCAUGUACUCUGGGACAGGCUCCCUGUCUGGCACGGGCUCCUUGUCCCAGCCUGCCUCCCGCUACUCCUCCAGGGAGCAUCUGGAUUCUCUGGCCCGCCGCCAGCUCUCCAGAGACCCCCUCGGUCGCCAGGCUGGAGGAGGAUCCCAGAACCGUCUGGACCGCCAGGGCCCCCGGGACAACCUGGACCUGCUGCCCCGCCGCCGUGAGCCGGGCCUAGACAGAGCCUCCAGGGAGAACCUGAGCAGCUCCAGAGACAGGCUGGAUGUCCACCAGCACAGCGCCCACACCUCCCGGGAGGACUUGAGUGGGAAUGGGGGUGUGGAGCCCGGUCUGGGAGGGUCGCGCUCCCAGCUCAACACCCUGACGCGGCGCCAGGCCUCCUCUCGUGAACACCUAGGAGGAGCGCUGAUGAGCAGUCGCUCCCGUGAACAGCUGGAGGCUAACGGGGGCGGCGGGGUGACCCAGUCCCAGCCCUGCAGGGAGUGGCUUCGCACCCUGCCCCCCCGCCAGCACUCACACCCUGACCAGCCCCCGCCCUCCUCCCCUCCGGCCCCCAUCAGCGAGGAACCCCAGGAGCCCCCCCUACCCCGCCACGGCCGGCUGGACUCUGCCCCCCCGUGUAGGUACCCCCUCCCUGCUCCCGGCGCCCCACCCAGCCGCCACCCGUCCAGCGAGCACCUGGACAUCCUGUCCUCCAUCUUGGCCUCCUUUAGCUCCUCCGUGCUCACCCCCCCAGCCCCCUCCUCUGUACAAGGACCCUCCCCCUCCCCGCCCCACUCCGCCACCUCUCACAGCAUCUCUGAGGUCUCCCCAGACUCUGAAGUCAACAGAAGUGAAGGACAGUCUUGAUGACACCCUCCAUAUCCCACAAUGCAUUGUGUUUUGUAUUGGGGAUACCAAGGACUGUGUGGGGGGCCGGGGAGAGGUCAAGGAGCACCCUGGACUGCUGAAGCACCCUGGGAUACUGUAGGAUCUAAGUGUUGAAGAAAGGCAGACAGUGAGAUUGGAGUUUGGAGGUGCCUGGUUCGUUCUGUUAUAACCAGCAACCAGUAUGGGGAGGAGGGCUAUACGAUGGAUGUGCUGGCUACCUUAGCUACUAAUGUUUAAUGAACUUCGAUCCUCAGAUUUAGUCAUGAACACAAGGAUCGGGAUUGAACCGCUAAGAAAAAGAUGAACCUGUACAUAACAUUUUUAUACCUUUUGUAUCUUUUUCAUCAGAGGCGAAGGAAGAAAAAAAAAAUCUCUUGUGACGUUUUUGAAGAUUGCGUCUGUGUGCGGUUGCGAACGAGGUGUGAAUGGAAUCUGUCGCUAGGGGCAAUAGCCCUUGAAUCAAAAUACCGUUCUCCUGAAACGUUUCCUCAAACCCGUCAGCUAUAUGUAUAAAACUAGGGACAGGGGUCGGUUAGUGUUGAUUGGAUGAGAUUGUGAGACCUGAGACAUGAUAGGACGAGGAAGGUGUUGGGGGCGGGUGAUUGUAAACAGGAAUGAAUUCUAUGGAAGAGGGAUCUGACAGAACAAAUGAUUGUGAACAAGAAAGAAAGCGAACAUACUUUGAUAUUUGAGAGGCUUGAGUAUCUCAUUCUUCAGUUGGUCAGAAUACUGUUUAGAUGGAAGUGCUCUGUUAAUCCAAGAAAAGACCCACUGCUUUUGAAUGUCAGUCAUCUAUUCUGCAGCAUCAUAUAUCUCUCUCUGUGCUACUAUAUAUCACAAACAAAACACCAGUACCGAUACAUAUCUAAUAGUUUCUCUGCCUGAUAUUUGGUUACUUUUAGUGUACAAAACCCUCUGUUGGGAAAAUGGUCACGUAAACCUCUGGGGUUUAUGAGUGGUAUGAGAGGUAGAGAGAGAACACGUUUAGGUUAGCACCUAAAGCCCUAAAGUGGUGUUACAUUUUGGCUCUGAGAUGAAAAGGCAAGAUCAGAGGACGAGUCACCGGUGCACCAGUUGUUCCAGGGCCAUAACAUGUAAUAACACAACACUAAAGAGACGCGUGGACCAGAGAAAGAAAAGUGGGUCAAAAAGAUAAGAGUGAAAAAGAGAGAAGCAAUCGAGGGACUAUUACUCAUUAGAGGAAGGACGAAAAGACAGAUUGAAGAAAGAAAACGACUCGUCUCUUACACCCGACGGUCUGCAAACCUCUUUUCAACGACCUGCUUUAAUCUUUUUUAUGUCUUUGGGUUGUGGUAAGUUAAUAUAAAUGUGACAGUAUUAUUGCCAAAAAUCUCCCCAGGGUCCCCGAUAUCCAUCCUUCGCUAUAUUCCAUCUAUGUUUAACUGCUCCAGUUAUUUUGCCACUGGUCAGUUCUUUUUUAUAUGAUUUAUUACUGCAGUACUGUUAACUUGUACAGACAUAAGAUCUAUAUUAUUUAUUACUUUGUCAUUUUGUGUGAGAGCGUGUUAUUUAUAAAAGAGAGUAUGCAGCGGUGUUCAAAUGUCGUUUUUUUUUUAAAACAUGUAAUGUUUCGUAUGAGCUGACUCUCCCACUGUGACAAAAUGCAUUGAGAGAAAAGGAAGUGUGAGAGAAAAGAGGGAAGUCAUUGAAGUGUAAUGAUGGAGGAAAGGAGGGAGGGAGAGAGGAACGGGGGACUGUCAGUUUGUGUGCUUAUUCUGGGGUAUGUGCUAUCCCGUCGGCAUGGGGGGGAAUUUGAAACAGCUGCUCCUCGGUUACCAACAUAAAAAUAAGAAAUAUUCCUAA